CCAUUCUCAUUUCUUUCUUUCUUUAUUAUUAUUUUCUGAGAUUUUAAAGUAUUAUUUACCAACCCACCUCACCAAUUUCUGGCUUUGAAUAUCUUUUGUCUCUCUUUCAACGCCAAAAAGAAAAUCCACUACAAAAAUAAGAUUCGAAUCAUAUUAUCUGAACAUUUUCUCAUCUCUUCUCCUUCCUUGUGUUGUUUACUUUACUCUUACGAAAACUCCUUCUCUUCUCUCAAACCCAGAACAUUUCUUUCUAUCCAAAACGAAGCCAAAAAUAUAUAAAGAUCAAAAAUCAACCUUUUUGAUUGAGACAAAAGAAAAGCCAACCCAAUUGUUAAUUUUUCCCUAACAAAGAUUGAGAUUCCAUUCUUUUAAUUCCCAACCCCGAAAGAAAAAUUGAAUUCAACUUUCUUCUCUGCCCCAAAACCCCAGAUGACUUUUCCGAGACUUUUGCUGCUUUUUUCUCUGUUUUCCCUCGCUUUUUCUCACGAAAAUUUCGAUACCCACCUCCUACCUCGGCCGCUAAUCGUCGAACACCCAGAGACCCUUUUGAAAGAACAAUCGGAGACCCAUUUGAAAGAAGAGAAUAGAUUAGAGUGUAGCAGUUGGAGAUUUUCCGUGGAGGCUAAUAAUCUGAGUCCAUGGAAAACAAUCCCAGAAGAAUGUGUAGAAUAUGUGAGAAAUUACAUUACUGGAAGGGGAUAUAGUACCGAUCUCCAAAGGGUGUCUAGAGAGGCAGCUGAUUAUGCGAAGAGCGUUGAGUUGGCCGGCGAUGGAAAAGACGUGUGGAUCUUCGACAUUGAUGAGACUUUACUUUCCAAUCUUCCUUAUUACGCCGACCACGGUUAUGGUUUGGAAGUCUUUGAUCCAGUAGAGUUUGACAAAUGGGUGGACAAGGCCAUGGCUCUUCCCAUAGAGCCCAGUUUAAAACUCUAUGAAGAAGUUCAGGGUCGCGGUUUUAAAGUUUUCUUGUUAACUGGCCGAAGUGAAAGCCGGAGAGAGGUUACUGUUGAAAAUUUGAUCAACGCAGGGUUUAGAGAUUGGGAUCAGCUUGUGCUAAGAGCCCCUGAUGAACAUGGAAAACUGGCAAUUAUAUUUAAAUCAGAGAAGAGGAGUGAGAUGGUGAAAGAGGGAUAUAGGAUUCUUGGGAAUUCUGGAGACCAAUGGAGUGAUCUAUUAGGUACCACAAUGUCCACUCGUUCAUUCAAGCUACCAAAUCCAUUGUACUAUAUCCCAUAAAAUACAUACCUUCUACUGUUCUAUAUUAACCUCUUAUUUUACUAGUAAUUCUGCUGAUUGAACUUCUGACUAAUUUGAACUGCACUCAAAAUUCCAUAAAUAAAUAAAAACAAUUGAAGAGUACAA